CUGCUGAGGCGGUCCAUGGCGCUGGCGCUGGCCCUCGCCGCGGCUGCCAUGUGGGCCCCGCCUCGCCUCGGCCACGCGACGGGCGGCCACUCGAAGAGACGCCUCGUGGGGGUGGCGGUGGGGCCCGGCUGCCACUCCUCCAGUUCCACUUCCAGGUCCACCACGCCCGGUUCCAUGGCGGACCGCACCGAGGCCACCGGAGCCCCAAUGGCCGCCGCCGCCGGAGACCUCAGGUCGGAGUUCCGCGAGGUGCUGCUCAGCCGCCGCCGCGAACGCCAAGUGCCUCUGACCGUGGAGCAAGGGAGCCCGGUGAAGGAGCCGCUGUACCAAGGCAACGGGCCUCUGGGGCUGAGAGAGGCCAUGGAGUCGUGCCCGAGGAAGGAGGUGGACAACUUCGAGGAGAAGCUCGUCGAAGAGAAUUUCUACCUGAUGACCGAGUCAGGUGAACAGGGACGCCUGCCUGUACUUCUACUGAAACUCAAUGACACUGCUCCUGAAAGGAAGCCAGUCGUUGUAAUACUGCACAGCUCGUACAAAUGCAAGGAAUGGUUGCGUCCACUGCUUGAGGCAUAUGCCUCCAGGGGUUAUAUUGCUGUCGCCAUCGAUUCUCGUUAUCAUGGUGAAAGGGCCAGCAGCAAGACUACUUACAUAGACGCACUGAAAUCAUCUUGGAAGAAUGGGGACACUAUGCCUUUUAUUUUUGACACGGUGUGGGACUUGAUAAAGCUUGGGGAUCAUCUUAGUACAAGGGAGGAUGUCGAUCCCUCUAGGAUAGGGAUUACUGGUGAAUCACUUGGAGGAAUGCAUGCAUGGUUUGCUGCUUUUGUGGAUACACGGUACAGUGUUGUUGUUCCAAUAAUUGGUGUUCAGGGAUUUCAAUGGGCAAUAGAUAAUGACAUGUGGCAAGCUAGAGUUGAUAGCAUUAAGCCUUUAUUUGAAGAAGCAAGAAUUGAUUCAGGGAAGAGUGAAAUAGAUGCAGAGGCUGUGAGAAAGGUUUGGGACCAGAUAGCACCUGGUAUGGCUUCACAGUUUGAUGCUCCCUACUCAGUUCCUCUGAUUGCACCACGUCCGCUCCUCCUCCUAAAUGGUGCUGACGACCCUCGUUGCCCAGUCCUUGGUCUACAAGAACCUGCCUCCAAAGCUGCUGAGGCUUAUAAAGAAGCUGGUUCUGCCGAUAAGUUCAAGUUCAUGGCGGAGCCGGGAGUCGGGCACCGGAUGACGGCGAGCAUGGUGAAGGAAGCCAGCGACUGGUUCGACCGGUUCCUGUAGAAGGCGGCGGUUCGGUUCUUGACGAACAUGGCGGCUGUACUCCUACCAUGCAUAAUUCAUGGAGCGCGACGCAUGGCCUCAAUAAAUUUGUUCUCGUUACGGACUCGGCAUCCCUGCUGACCAAGACCGGGAUCGGUUGGCCUAGCUUCGUCGCCAUUACUAGCAGUACUUACUACCUAAUCUCUACAUGCCGGUCUGAUAUAUCGAACAAAAAUUGUGCACCGAUAUUUCUCCA